UAAUCUAAAAAAUUUGUGUAACACAUGCACGUAGGGUUGGACACGGGCUGCCCACAAUGGCCCAAUCAACCCAACCCGGCCCACCUACCUGAUAGUGAUACUUUCUCCUACUUCUAACCCUAACCCUAACCCUAACACAAAUACUCAACACAAAAUCUCCAUUCUCCACCGUUUCUUGUUGCAGCCCCCAUAUUUGAGUUCAGGAGAUAUGAAUCAGAUUUUUGUGUUGGAAUAAUUGAAAGUGAGAGAUUUUCAUUGUUUGGUAAGUGUGAGAUGCCAAUUUGGAAGGCUUUGAAGAGUGGCUUAAAUGAGGACUAAAUACUACCACCCAUCGAUUUUAUUGCUAAAGGAAGACCUUUAGUUCUCUUCCAAUUUCAUGAAAUUAGUCAAACCUUAUCUUAUUAAGGUAUGUUUUUCGAAUAGUUGCUAACAUCCAUUAUCGUAUAUUGUUUUUAAGCUUAUAAAUUUGAAUAUCUCAUCUUUAUCUUCAAUGUGAUAUUUACGUGUUGUUACAAUAAUCUUGCUUCAAAAGAACUCCAUUGAAAAGAGCUCUUCAAAAGAUCUCACCAUUGGUAUUUUUCAUUCCACACAUCAUCUAGAACAAAAGGAAACCCAGCCAAACAAAGUGUCCCGGUGAUUGUAUCUGACAAUUUUGUUGUUAUUAAGAUAACAAAAAUUAUUUUGGAAAAAUUGUUGGAAAAAGAUAUGAAACAAAGAAAUUUCUUUUCGUUCUCGAUGAUUUGUGGAAGGAAAAAUAUGAACGGGAUUUUUUUUGAAAAUUUCUUUUUAAUCUGAUGCAAAAGAAAGUAAGAUAAUUGUGACAAUCACAUUGAAUAUUAAGACAAAUGUUCAAACUUAUGAGUUUAAAACCAUGUCUUAUGAUGAAUGUUGGCUUUUAUUUGAAGAACAUACUUUCGAUAAUGUAAGUUUUGAUAAAUUUCUUGAAAUUGUUAAGAAGUGCAAGGUUUCCUUUAGCUGUAAAAUCGAUGGCUGGUCUUUUACGAUACCUGCCGAGACAUGUACUACAACGUGAUGUAUGGGGGUUACCAAACUGUCUUGCUUUGUGGUUGAGUUAUCGAUUUCUUCCCCCUUAUUUGAAGCCUUGUUUUUCUUAUCUAUCAAAAUAUGUCCCAAAAUAGAAAAAGAAUAAUUUUAAUAUGGAUGACAGAAGGUCAUUUGCAGCCUCAAAUAUGUAUGUUAUUCAUAUUGUUGUAUUGAAAAUUAUGCUGAGUUACAGACUAUUAUAUGUGUUGCAUAGGCAGUUCCUUUAAAUUGAUCAAUUUCUGGUGGAAGAAUUGAUGAUAUUUAACAAUUUCAUUGAGAAAACUGAAGUGAAUACAGAUUAGUUUGAAAGCUGAAGAAGCUUUGGAUAUGGGAAGAGGGGAUGGAGCUCGCUUGGCUUCUGAUUAGAUCUUAACUUCUUCUAAGAUUGAAAACGCACAAAGUGAAGAGAAUGUUUCCAUGGCAGAGGUGAGUGCAAAGUCGUUAGAGCAUCAUGAAGAACUCGAGGAGAAAAUAGAGUCUAAAAGGAAUCAUCUUAAAGAGUUGAACUCUCAACUCUCAAUGGUACUGACUCUUUUAUAUAUGAUAGUCUUAACUUGUUUCUAAUCCAAUAAAUUUGGUAUUUUUUAACUUCAGGUCUUUGUAGGUGUCUUGAUUUUUAUCAAAUGUAGCAAUUUUAACAUUUUAUUGUCUUUUGCUCUAAAGAAUCCUUCUCUACUCCACUCUUCAUUCUUAUCUUGUAUAGAGGGCUAUACAUCAAGACUGCAUAUUGAUUUCGUUUUUUAUUCGGCCAAUAUUCCUCUUUUGAUGUUGAUGUUUAUGAAUAAUCUGUUUCAUAUAUACAAGUAGUAAUUAUGUAUGAAUUAUUAUUUUAAGUUAUUUGGAAGUAAUUGUGUAAUUAUUGAGGUAGUACAUUUAAUUACAUCAAUCUACAAUUAUUUAGGUUUUUUUUUAAUUAUUUCCAAUUAUACAAUUACAAUGAAUAUUCCAGUUCAUUACAAUAUAUAUUUAGAUUUACACAAGUAUACAUGUACUCAACUCAUAAAAAAAAUAUAGCAAUCGUUACAAUAUAUAUUUAGAUUUACACAAGUAUAUAUAUGUAUCCAAUAUCCAAUACUAAAAGAAACAAACUAGUAUAUAUAAAAAUAAUAAUAAUAAAAAUUAUGUGUAUCUGCUAGGAACAAUUCUUAUCUAUGUCUUCCAUCAUAAAAUAAAUAAAAUGUUUGGAUAAAAAAAAAUAAAAAUAAAAAAAAUAAAAUGUUCCAACUCAAUAUAUUAUUACAAAUUUAGAAAUGAGAUGUUUGUGUUUUUUUUUUUAUUAAUAUUUCUAAAAAAUUAAUAUAUAUUAUAUAUUAUAAUUUUUUAAAAUAUAUAUAAUUAAGUUAGAUCAAUUACUUUUUGAGGUCAAACAACAUCUCAUCAAUCUAAUCCGCUUAAGUGCGAAUAUUUGCAUUUUGGAUGACUCCAACCUAAACUUUAUAACCCGAAUGGACCUUGGCCCCGACUCCAAACCCGGACUCGGCCCCCUAUCCGGCUUCAUACACGAACCCAAUUUAAAUAAAAUCAACAAAUGAAAAUGAAAAUAAAAUUUACAUGAUACACUUUUGUUUUUUUGUUUUUAAAAUUAAAAAACAAAAGUAGUUAUAGGACACAUUUUUGUUUUUAAAAUCAAAAUUUGAAAAAAAAAUUUACUUUUAUUUUUGUGAAUAAUUUUUUUAAAAAAAGUGUUACCAAACGCUACCUUAACAAAAUAACUGCACGACCGUAAAUUAUUAAUAAUAAGCGAACUUCAUCCACAACAUAAUUUGAGUAGAAUCUGGAAAGGAUGUGUUUUGUAAAAACAGUUUUAUGAAACGACUAUGAAUUAUACUGUGCGACCAUAAACGAUCAUUAUAUUUACACGUAAAUUAAAUGAGGUUAUUUUAUAAAUUUUAGUAUUUUAAAUUGUUAAGUUUGACAAAUUUCAAGUUAUAAUUUUUGACCUUUGAAUCUGAUCUUAUGAGCUGCUCUUCAAUCCUAUAUGAGACUAGGGAAAUCAUAUUAGCUUAGGACCUCAUUUAGUGUGAACCAGAUUAAACUCUCUCUUCUUCUUUUUUUACUUAUCUUUAGUUAAUGUUCUUAAUUUACAAGCUGUAAAUUCUUACUCUACAAUUGGAACAAAGGUACACAUAUCUAAUAUGACACUGGCUAGUUGGCCAUAUUUUAUUUUAUUUAUUAUUUUUUUUUUUUUGAAGGAGGCUAGUUGGCCAUAUUUAAUUUUGUGAUUACACAAAUAGUCUAAGUAAUAUUUUUGUAGAAUUAAUUAAGAAACUUGGAUAGUCAAUGAGGAUGAUUUAGAGUAAUGAUUUUUUGUGGUGUUGGUGUAGAGUGUUUUAUAUAAAUAUUAAAUAUAAAUGACCCUCAUAAAGGUAGUUGACUUUACAAUAAUCAUAUACAUGUUUGAAUUAGUAUAAUAUAUCUAAUUAUUUUGUUUGAAUUAGUCCUUUCUACUCAAAGUUAGAAGUUUAUCUCUUCAAAUUAACAUGUCAUAACCACUUGAUUGGCAAUUUGGCAACAUCUUGGCUAGUACUGUCGCUCCCUCUCAAGAUCAAAAACCAUGGCUGACUUAGUGGUUGGUGGUGCCCUUCUCUCUGGUUUCAUCAAUGUCCUCUUUGAUAGGGUUGCUUCUAAUAAAGAUGUCCUUCAAUUAUUUCUUGGCGACAAGCUCAAUCAAAAGCUGCUCAUAGAGUUGAAGACUGUGUUGUUAUCAGCUGAUGCGCUGCUAAAUGAUGCCGAGGAGAAACAACUUGGAGACAACAACGUGAGGAAUUGGCUUGAUGAGCUUAAACAAGUAUUGUACGAAGCAGAUCACGUGAUGGACAAGAUCGGUACUGAAGCUCUUCGACUCAAGAUAGAGAAAGAUGAACUCGAAAGCAUUGCAAGUAAGUCCUUAAACAUUCUCAAAAAGUUUUAUAAUCCAUUUGAAAAGGCUGUGAAAUCUGAAAUAGAGAGGAUCUUUCAUAGAUUGAAAGAUCUUUUAGCUCAAACAAAACACCUUGGUUUAAAAAAAGUUGAUCAGAAAACAACAUUACAUAGACCACAUGCCCCUUUGUAUCGAUUCACAAGUUUAUGGAAGAGAGGAUGAUAAAGAAGCUAUUCUUAAGUUAUUGUUUUGUGAUGAUGAAGAUGUUGAUCAUAGUAUCUCAAUUAUUCCCAUAGUUGGGAUAGGUGGAAUUGGCAAAACUACUCUUGUUCAGAACGUAUAUUACGAUAACACUGUCCAAGAACACUUUUCUUUGAAAGUAUGGGUAACUGUAUCUGAUUACUUUGAUGUUCUUAAAAUAGCCAAACUUAUUUUGGAGAAGAUCGUUGGAAAAAGACGUGAAACGAACGAGCUACAUCAAAUUCAGAAAGACUUGAAGGAUUCUUUGGCUGGGAAGAAAUUUCUUUUUGUUCAUGAUGAUGUGUGGAAUGAGAAUUACGAGUUGUGGGAUCUUUUGAAAAGCUCUUUUCAAUCUGGUGCACGAGGAAGCAAGAUUAUUGUCACCACACGUAAUGAAGAUGUCGCAUUGAAAAUGAAGACGAGAGAUGUUCAAACUUACAAGCUUAAAAUCAUGACUGGCGGUGAAUGUUGGAAGUUGUUUGCAGAGCAUGCCUUUGAUCAUGUAGAUACUAAUGAGGUGGUAUUGUGUGAGUUGCAAGAAAUUGGAAGACAAAUUGUUAAGAAGUGUAAGGGCCUUCCUUUAGCUGUGAAAUCGAUGGUUGGACUUUUACGAUCUAUGUCCACUGUUGACGAGUGGAGACAUGUACUGCAAAAAAAUGUAUGGGAGUUGCCCAAUUCUCACAACAUUGAAGUUUUCGAGCAUUGUGGUUAAGUUACAGAUUUUUGCCUCCUUAUUUAAAGCCAUGUUUUUCAUAUCUUUCGAUAUUUCCCAAAGAUUACGAAUUUCGUGAUGUUGAUAAGGAAAAACUAAUUUUAAUGUGGAUGGCAGAAGGUCUUUUGCAACCUCAAAACGGAAAAAGAAUUGAGGUUGUUGGAGAAGGCUACUUCAAUGCUUUGAUUUCAAGAUCCUUUCUUCAAAGAUCUAGACGAAGUCGAUCUGCUCUCUUCAUGCACGAUCUUAUGCAUGAUCUAGCAUUGUACAUAUCCGGUAAGAAUUGCAUUGAUUCUGAUAGUUUUAAAGACUUUUACAAGCCUAAUAGCAAGACUCGCCAUCUAUCUUACAUGAAAGACAUAAAAAACAGCAUAAAAUUUGAAAACUUCUCUAGAGUGGAGUAUUUGCGUAGCUUGUUGGCUUUACCAUUGUCAGCUGUAUACACAUUCUCCAAAACAAGAUUAACACAUGACAUUGUUCUCAGAGAUGGAGGAUGCUUAAGAGCACUUUCUUUGUCAGAAUCUUCUAUCAAAGAGUUGUCUAAUUCAAUUGGAAAUUUAAAACAUCUUAGGUAUUUGGAUGUAAGUCACACAUCAAUCAAAGAAUUACCUACUUCAAUUUGUGUAUUGUACAAUUUGGAAACUUUGUUGUUGAACAAUUGCUCUGAACUCACACAAUUACCUAUCACCCUUUCUAAGUUGAUACACUUGCGCCAUCUUAUGAUUGGAGGAACUUCAUUAAAAGAGAUGCCACCGAGAAUUUGUAGUAUGGUGAAUCUUCAGACAUUGAGCGAUUUUGUCUUGUGCAAAAGUGAUGGAUCUAGGAUCCAAGAGCUGGGUAAGCUGGAGAAUCUACGCGGAAGCUUGCAUAUUUCAGGACUUGAAUAUGUGAAGGAAGUGAUUGAUGCUUUGGAAGCCAAGUUGAAGAACAAAAAACAUCUGAGUGAGCUUAUUUUGAGUUGGAAUGGUGAAGCAGAUGAUUCGAUAAAGGAAAGAGAAGUACUUAAUGCACUCCAACCACACGAAAAUUUGAAGAAACUUGAAGUACGCGGGUAUAAAGGCACAAACUUACCAGGUUGGAUAACACAUCCAUCGUACUCUAAUUUGAAAAAAGUUUAUCUGCAAUGCAAAAAUUGUUGCUUGUCGUUGUUAUCAUUUCAACCACUAAUUUCACUAAGAUAUCUUCAUAUUUCCUGUUUGGAAAUUCGCAGCAUUUUUCUGAAUAAGCCAUUUCCACUCUUAGAAAGAUUAGAGCUUGUUGGAAUAACUACAUUGGAUUGGUCAUUUACCAAUACAUAUGACCAAAAGUGUGAGAUUUUUCCUUGUUUGAAGAAAUUAUUCUUACAAACUUGUGGGAAUUUAAAUGUGGCAUUGCCUAAAGGUAAUUUUCCUUCUUUGGAAGAGAUCCACAUUUUAGAUUGUGAUGAAUUGGUGACUAUAUUUCCAUCAAGUAGUACUCUUGUUGAUAUUGCAUAUCCCUCCCUUGAAAAGUUAAGCAUACAUCGUUGUUCAAGAUUGGAGUCAUUUUCAAAAAUGGGAUUGUUGCCCUUUAUUACAAAAUUUCUAAUUAUCUCAUCAUGCAAUAUGCUCAUAGAGAAUCGCAUGAAAUGGAAUUUACAAAGACUUCCAUUGCUAAAUCGGUUAGAUCUUGGAACUUAUGUAGGAGCAGUGGAUUCCUUUCCAGAAGAAUGGUUACUCCCACACAGUUUAACUCAUCUUCUUAUUGGUAGAUUUGAUAAGCUUACAACUCUAAACGGCAAGGGUUUUCACCACCUUACCUCUCUUCAACGAUUGUGUCUGAAUAGCUUGACGAACCUACAGUGCUUGCCAGAAGAAGGACUGGCCAAGAAUCUUAUUGCUAUGACCAUUAGAUAUUGUCCGCUGUUAGUUCCUCGGUGCAAGGAAGGAACAGGAGAAGAUUGGCUCAACAUUCAACACAUACCGAACAUACACAUAGAAACAGAAUAACAGAGCCAACAAUGAAGAACUACAAUAAAUGAGGAGCUUCUUAAACUUCUAUCUCUUCAUGCUGCCGGUGUUGUCUUCAUGCAAUACACUUAUGGAAAAUCGUAUGCAAUAGAAUUUACAGAGGAGUGGUAGAUUCAUUUCCAGAGGAAGGGCUGCUCCCACCUAGUUUGACACAUCUUAUCAUCGACAACUUUGAUAAGCUUACAGCUCUAAACGCCAAUGGUUUUCACCACCUCACCUCACUUCAACAGUUGGAAUUUCGUAAGUUGGAAAAGUUAAAGUGCUUGCCAGUAGGACUUCCCCAGAUUCUUACUGCUUUGGGGAUAGUAGAGAGAAAUAGGAGAAGAUUGGCCCAACAUUCAACACAUAUCGAACAUACAAAUAUAAUUUCAUUGAAAAGAUACUCUGCAAUGAAACUAUAGAAUUGGUAUAAUGUGAGAAAAUAUUUCUUUUAAUUUUCCUUUCUCUCUUGUCUUUAGAGAGUUCGUUGAAUGAGGUGAGGACUGAGGAACCAUUGGUGUCAUUUUCGACUUGUGUGACUUUUGAUGCUGCUGGUGUUGAUGAGUAAUCUGUUUUGUAUUUCAAGUGUAAAAGUUGUGUGUGGAUUUUGUUUGUUUUUGUUGUGUGGGAUUUGUUACCAUGGUAUUUUUCUGUUUAAUAAGAUUGGAAAACAUUAAAUGUGUACUGAAUUUGAGUGUGUCUCUAUACUUUAGUAGUUGGUUUCAUUAUGUAUAGCAAUAUAGUCUAGUAUUUGAGAUUUUAUACUAUGAUGAUGAUCUUUUUCUAACAAAUUACUCUGCUCACUUACAACUUUUAAUGAGCAAAAAUAAUAGAGUGAGUAAUUUGUUAUGUACAUCAGUUUUGAAUAACUUUUAAAUUAUUAGAACCUGUGUUUGUUUGCUAGAAAAGUAGGUAAUUAAUCUACUUAAUUUCUUAGAAAAUUAAGUGAUAUGAUAUCCUUAUGAAAGAAUUUUAAGUUGAUAUAAAUUUGAUUGGUUCCAAACUAUUUAUAAUCUCUAGU